AUGAGUGGAUUAUCCUUUUUAGAUGCAUCUCAUAACAAUUUGAGUGGUCCCAUUCCAAAUUGCUUAGGCAAUAUGAGUUCCCUCGAAUAUUUGGAUCUUCAUGAAAAUAACUUUAGUGGUAUCUUACCGGAUUUUGAAAAAGCACCCAAUUUGUGGGUACUCAACGUUAGAAAGAAUAAACUGGAAGGGAAGUUGCCAAGAUCAUUGGCAGAAUGUACUCCGCUUCAAGUCUUGGAUGUGGGAAACAACAUGCUGCGUGAUACAUUCCCUUUUUGGUUGGAGAAAUUACCUGCGUUGAAAGUUCUAAUUUUGCGGGAAAAUAGAUUUUAUGGUGAAAUUAAAAAUUUCAAACAUAAAAUUGUUUUCCCGACUUUGGACGUGUUGGACAUUGCUUCUAACGAGUUUUCCGGUGAACUAUCCGUUGAUUUCUUUCAAGCCAGUCAGCUACGGUCGCUCAAAAUCAGUGGGAAUAAAUUUGAAGGGAAGCUGCCAAGAUCAUUAGCCACUUGCUCAAAACUUGAAGUUUUGGACCUUGGAAACAAUAUGGUUCAUGAUACAUUCCCGAUCUGGUUGAUGAAGUCGCCUUCCUUGAAGGUUCUCAUUCUCCGAGAAAACAGAUUUCAUGGUACAAUUGAAGACUUGGACAUUGGACAUGAUUUUCAAACCUGCGAAUACUGGACAUUACUUCCAACAAUUUUUCUGUACAACGGAGGGGAGUAUUAUGAAGAUUCUGUGACUAUUGUCAAUAAAGGGGUUGAAUUGUUCUAUGAGAAGGUCUUGACCAUUCUUACUUGUCUUGACCUUUCCAACAAUAGUUUCCAUGGGAGAAUACCUGAAGACAUACAUAUUUUGAGGUCACUCAAAGUGCUAAACUUGUCCCAUAAUAGUUUCUCUGGCGAAAUCCCAUCAGCACUUGACAACCUAAAAGAGCUCGAGUCUUUGGAUCUCUCAAUGAACAACCUGUCAGGUAAGAUUCCUCCGCAGCUUACAGGUCUAACUUUCCUGGCAGCAUUCAACUUGUCUUACAACCAACUUGAAGGGAGCAUACCACAAGCAACCAAUUCAUUACAUUUUCAAACGGCUCUUACAUUGGGAAUCCAAAGUUAUGUGGGCCGCCAUUGUCGAGGAAAUGCAAUGAUGUUGGUCUUCCAAUGUCACCACCUCCUCCAGGGGAAAAUGAAGAGGAUUCAUGGGAUAUGUAUCGGAUUUACAGUGCUGAAUGAGUAUGGAAACAAAUGGGUUUACAAGUUCCAAAAGAUCCAAUCUCUUCGGAAUGAUUCUGUUAGAGCCCUCUCUUUGGUAUGGAUUAAUUCUGGCGGAAAUGAUUUCCAUGCACUAGUAAUGUUUCGCAUGGUUCUGCUUAGGAGGGAGCAGGCUAUGCCAGUGGGUUGGUCAUUGGGUUAUGCUUUGGAUAUCCAGUUCUGA